AUGCCAACCGGACUGCAAGGGCAGAGCGUCUCUUCGGGGAGCUCCGAAAUCAAAUCUGACGACGAGGGAGAUGAGAACCUCCAGGACACAAAGUCUUCUGAGGACAAGAAACUAGAGGAUGACAAGAAGGAUAUCAAAUCAAUUACUAGGUCAAGAUCUAGCAAUAACGAUGACGAAGACCUGACACCGGAGCAGAAGGCCGAGAGGGAAAAGGAAAGGAGGAUGGCCAACAACGCUCGGGAGCGCCUGCGCGUCCGCGACAUCAACGAGGCUUUCAAGGAGUUGGGCCGGAUGGUGCAGCUCCACCUGAAGAGCGACAAGCCCCAGACCAAGCUCCUGAUUCUACACCAGGCUGUGGCUGUCAUCCUCAGCUUAGAGCAGCAAGUCAGAGAAAGAAAUCUGAAUCCUAAAGCAGCGUGUCUGAAAAGAAGGGAAGAAGAGAAAGUAUCUUCAGAUCCUCCUCCGCUUUCCCUGGCAGGACCCCACCCUGGGAUGGGAGAUGCCUCCAAUCACAUGGGACAGAU